CCCCUCGUCACCCAGCGAACACCACACUUCGACUCUAGCUCGCUGUCGAGCUACGACCACCAUGGCUCCGCUGCUCCCCCUCCUCCUCCUCAUCGCCCCUCUCCUCUCCACCGCCGCGCCGACCACCACGACGCUCCCCCUGUACCGCCACCUCCCGCUCGUCCCAGAGACCGCGCACCACCACCCGCUCUCCCGCCUGGCCGCCGCCUCGCUCGCCCGCGCGUCGCACCUCAGGCGCCCCCACCACGGGGGAUCAGCUGGACGAGCAGGCUCCGUCCGCACCGCGACUGCGCUCUACCCGCACUCCUACGGCGGUUACGCCUUCACCGCCUCCUUCGGCACGCCUCCGCAGCCGCUCCCCGUCCUCCUUGACACCGGCAGCCACCUCACCUGGGUCCCCUGCACCUCCAACUACCAGUGCCGCAACUGCUCCUCCGCCACCGUCCCCACCUUCCACCCCAAGAACUCCUCCUCCUCCCGCCUCGUCGGCUGCCGCAACCCAUCCUGCCUCUGGGUCCACUCCGCCGCGCACCUCUCCAAGUGCCGCGCCCCCUGCACCGGCGCCAACUGCACCACCAACGUCUGUCCGCCCUACGCCGUCGUCUACGGGUCGGGCUCCACCGCUGGGCUGCUCAUCGCCGACACGCUGCGCGCGCCGGGCCGUGCCGUGAAAAACUUCGUCGUGGGCUGCAGCCUCGUGUCCGUGCACCAGCCGCCGUCCGGCCUCGCGGGGUUCGGGCGUGGCGCGCCGUCUGUGCCCGCGCAGCUGGGGCUCAACAAGUUCUCUUACUGCCUUCUGUCUCGCCGCUUCGACGACAACGCCGCCGUGAGCGGCCAGCUGGUUCUUGGCGACGCCGUGGGAAAAGGUGACGGGAUGCAGUACGUCCCCUUGGUUAGGAGCGCGGCCGGUGACAAGCAGCCGUACGCCGUGUACUACUACCUGGCCCUGACCGGUGUCACGGUGGGCGGCAAGAGCGUGCAGCUGCCGGAUAGGGCGUUCGCCGCGGGCGUCGGCGGAGGAGGAGGCGCCAUCGUCGACUCCGGCACAACGUUCACGUACCUGGACCCGACGGUGUUCCAGCCGGUGGCGGCCGCAGUGAUCGCGGCGGUGGGAGGGAGGUACAGCCGGUCCAAGGAGAUGGAGGACGGCCUCGGCCUGCGCCCCUGCUUCGCGCUGCCGCAGGGAGCGAAGUCGAUGGAGCUGCCGGAGCUAUCGCUCCACUUCAAGGGCGGCGCCGAGAUGCGCCUCCCGCUCGAGAACUACUUCGUGGUCGCCGGACGCGCUCCUAGCGCAGCCGCCACUCCAGCUGCUGCCGAGGCCAUUUGCCUUGCCGUGGUCACCGAUAUCGCAAGCGAAGGCGCCGGAGCCCUUGACGGCGGUCCGGCCAUCAUUCUUGGGAGCUUCCAGCAGCAGAACUACUACGUCGAGUACGAUCUAGAGAAGGAGAGGCUGGGGUUCCGGCGGCAGCCAUGCGCGGCGUCCUCGUGAGCUCGUAAUGGCGGGAGCUUCCUGCUUAUUAGUUGCUCCCCACUCACGAAUUAAUUACUCCACGUACUAAUCACAAAGCUGUUUGGUUGUGAGUGCUCGGAUUUGCGGAUUGUACUAAUAAAUUGUCGUGUGCGCUUGCUUAUUACUCAUGUCAUUUGAAAUGGA